GUCAUCCCCCAUCAGAGAACGUUUUCAUCCGAUCCCCAAAUUUUCAUUUGGUUGGCAGCUCGCUUCCACCUAGCUCAAAUUUCGAUUCGAAAACUUCCCGAUUUGUUUGAAAUCAACCAAAAAUGGUGUUAACCCGCAGUGGGGCAAAAUUGAAGCAAAGCGAAGGGCCAUCGACCGCGGGAAGUCAGGAAGUCAAGACUUCAGAACCGAAGGCCCCAGCCAGUCCGUCUGUCAAGAAGCGGGGGGCAGCAGCCAAGCGACGUCCUGCUCCCAAGAAGGAUGUGAAGGAGCUGCAGGUGGCCCGCCAGUCGCUGCGUGACGCAAUGAAUCUCCUGGCCGAAAAAACAUCUAACGACGAAGAGGAAACUGCCAUGGGAAAAAAUCAGAAGUCGGGAAAGAAAAUGGUUGAUAAAGAAAUGUUGGCAUCCCCGAAUGGAGAACAGGAGGAUUCAUCAGCGGCCACCAACCAAAAGCCAACUAAGAAGCCCCUAAAAAAGAAGACUAGGAGGCCAGGGGCCAAGAACACCUCGCCAGUUAAAAGUGCCGACGAGGAAAACAAACCUGUCCGGACCAGUGCGGGCUACCUGACCAUCACGGAUCGCUCUCCUCGAAGGGAGCCCUCCAUCAACCUAACCAAAGUCAGGUCGAACAUCAAGCAACAGCCGCUGAAGCCCAAGGCCGAUGGCAAGCGUAAAAACUAGAUGUGGGGAGUAGCUUAAAGAAUCGGUUCAAAAUGUACACAUAGUUACCUUAAAUGUUUGCUUUUUACUUGAUUUGUUUUCUAGUUUAAAAUAUUUUGAAAUUUCAUUUUUUUGAAUGCAAUGUUAUAAGCAUUUUGUACCCUUUGUCCAAUGCGACCAAUGCCUUAAAAUUAAACAAUACAGACCAACUUAA